AGCGGCGGCGCGCUUUCCGGUGCCGUGACCGGGAAGGGUUUCCCUGCAGUUCCGGGGUCUCCCGGUGGGAGCAGCUCGCACGUGUGGGAGCGGUCCGGCCCGACCGCCGCCAUGGCGGCCGUGCGGGUGGAGGAGGUGCUGGCUGCCGCCGAGGAGCAGGAAGCUGAGAAGCGGCGGAGCGUGGUAGUGGAGAAGGAGCUGGAACUGGAGUUCGACCUGGGCAACCUGCUGGCUCUGGACCGCAACCCGCCGCCGGCGGCGGGGCUGCGCGGGGCCGGCCCGCAGCGGGAGGCGCAGCUGCUGGCGCUGGCCCGCGACAACACGCAGCUGCUGGUGGCCCAGCUGUGGGAGCUGCCGGCCGAGCGCGCCGGCGGGGCGGGAGGGCCGCUGGUGGCGCGGCUGCCCGAGCCGACCUUCCGGCUGCCGCGGGAGAAGCCGCCGCCGCGACCGAAGCCGCCGACACGGUGGGAGCAGUUCGCGCGACUGAAGGGCAUCCGGCGGCGCAAGCGGACUUCGCUGGUGUGGGACGAGCAGGCCAAGGAGUGGCGACGGCGCUGGGGUUACCGGCGGGCCGGCGGUGACCCGGCCCGCGCCUGGCUGGCGGAGGUGCCGGCGGGCGCAGACCCGGAGGAGGACCAGUUCGCCCGGCUGCGGCGGGAGAAGCGGGAGCGCGUGGCGCGUAACGAGCUGAACCGACUGCGCAACCUGGCCCGGGCCCACCGGGCCGGGACCGUCGUCCCCGCCGCUCCCCUCCACCCCACCGGCCACCAGAGCAAGGAGGAGCUGAGCCACGUCGCCCGGGUCGCCCGCGUCUCCACCGCGUCGCUCGGCCGCUUCCAGCCACGGCUGCCCAAGGAGUCAGCAGAGCCGCCAUCCCGCAGCGGCGGCAGGAAACGCCGCUUCGAGCCGCUGCUGGGCAACCUGGCGGCGGAGCGCAGCCGGCAGCUGGAGCUACUGAAGAACAUGAGCAGCAAGAAGCCUGUCCUCGACAUCACCCGUGCUGUCAACAAGCAGCUGCGCCAGGAGGAAGCCGAGGCGGCCGCCGCCAAGGGCAAGAAGCAGUCGCAGCGGGGGAAGCGCGGCCGCCGGCAGCAGCGGACUGGCCGCAGCAGCAAGAAGAGUGCGGCCCGGCGACAGCAGCAGCGGCCUGGGGGCGGCAGCACUGGUGGCAGCAAGAGGAAGAAAGCAUGACAGACUACAUGGAGCUCGGGGCUUCGGGCACCUGCUGAGGUGUGGGAAGGGACUGUCACUGCCAGCCUACUGCCUCGUGCUCUAUUCCCACACCUAUUUGUCAAUAAACAUGGUCCAGCCUUUCUUAAAA